GCCCCCAGCCACGUCAGCCGCUUGUGACUCCAGUACCGGUACAAUCAAAACAAUCACAUUUUCUUUCUUGACAGUUCUGGUGCUCAAUUUUAUAGGGCCGUACUGUGUUCUAUGUUGAGAAUGGGACCUUCAGCACAUCACCUAAGCAGCUAGAUAUAGCCUGACUGUGGCUGAAAUAACUAACAAGAUAGAGGAUUACGCGUGACCUUUCCCCGUUGCCGAAUAUGACCGGAGAGUAAGAAGUUAUUAUGUACUCCUGGGCAUACAUAUACAUGCAUACAUGAGCCCAUGUCCAUUGAUGGCUUGUUGUGUAGUGGGUCAUGCAAUAUCCAGCCUACUUAGUUCGUCCGUAACUAUGUAUCCAACGGACAGUUAGUUAACCAUGCCAGGGUAGCGAACCCACUGGUGGACGGAGUUAAGGAUUUUGCUCUUAGUUGACGAACGUCCGACGGCUAAACGGCUCGUUGAUUCAUGUGCGGUUCUCCCUGCAUCUGCGCCCCCACGACCCGUCUUGUUAAGACAGAUAUAUGCCGCAGGAGGCGAAGGGGGAGAAUGGAGGACAGCAAUCAGGGUUCAGCGGAGUGGACGAUCGAUCCAUUCAGGGCAGUGGGAAUUUUCAACGGCUGUGGCUCAAGAAUCGGGCUGACAAAGGGACCUGAUAAUUCACUGUUGAUGCAUUAUUAUCAAUAGCUAUUGCUUUCUAUGCUCUUCUAUUCGAGGCUCAACCUAGCCCCCUUUGCUGUACUUCGAGGCUCGGACGUAUAUUACAGGAUGAAGAGUCAUUCAACCCCCUGGGCCAUGGUUGGGUUAUAUAUAGGGCAAUCAUAGCGGAUGAUCCACCUAUUGCUCUUAGAUGCCCGGGGAAUGAAGUUUCUCGGCUAGAACGCUUGUACAAACUUUACAAACAACUAAGAAGGGAACAUGUCUCAAACAGGCGCUGGGGAUAAAGAUGCUAAAAGGCGAGAAUACAACCGAAAUGCUCAGCGGAUAUUUAGUGAGUUUCCAACAGCUCCGAAGAAAGCAAAUUAUUAACAGUUCUCUAGGGCAGCGGCGAAAGGAACAUAUCAGGAACCUUGAGCGAGCACAAAAUGAACGGAUCUCAAACCAGACGGAUGUGAUAGAGCAUCUGCGACUGGAAAACUUGGAACUUCGAAAGGAGAAUGAGUCGUUGUCAAGGCUACGGUCGAACUGCAGUUCCCCUUCGAUGCUAUCAGUUACCGUCCCUUCACACUCCAGCUCAGGAGAACCGAGCUCUCUUAUAACUAUGAGCGACUCCAUCUCCAAUAAAUACUUCCCCAGGGUCCCUGAGGCGCCUCCUGACACUACAUACCCCACUAGCAGCUCCAUAGACGAGCUUAGCAGGUCACUUAACCGAUUAUGCAUCUUUUCUCCAUACGAUAUCAACCGGAUGCGCAGCUAUCUACACUUGCUCUUUCACCCAGUCUUGAGCCUUGUCGUGGAUGGUACACCCCUGGAUACCCGAAUACAUUUUCUCGCCCUCGCAAGUCUGGGUCCGUCCCUUCCUCCAUCACUGCAACCAACGACUCUGCAACUCCAAGUUCCACAUAAUGUGUACGUCGACCUCAUACCGUCACCAUCACUACGAGACGUGUUGCUAAGAUCAGAUCCUGCUAUGGUGGCUGCGUUCUUAGUAGAUGUCUGUACAUUUGCAUGUGACAUUGAUGACCGUGGACAAUUAAUUAUCUGGGGAGAGGAUUUUCUCAAUGAAAUUUCAUGGGAGUUCUCGGUGCCGGUAUUAGAAAAAUGGGGCGGGUGGUUUCUGCCUUCGAUAUGGCAUGAGCGUGCGGAUUUUUGGCGUCGUCACAGAAGUGAUUCCUUUUCGGCCACUGGCUAGCUAGAAAUAGCGCUGGGAAUUUAAUUUUUCGUGAAUUUUAAACAGUUUCAUAGAUAUCUUCGUACUUUAUAUCAGCUCUACUUUCAUAAUAUUUUUGACCUUUUUAUUCAAGCAC